AAUUCACAAAUCCAUUAAGAGUUCGUUGGGUGUUUCCCGAGCUGAUGGCAUUUUUACGAUUGUUGACAACAAAUUGACACGAUUUGUGAUGGUCUUGUCCAGGUCAGGUCAUCAGCUAGGGCAAAGGCGGCACGUGGCCAGCCGAGGACUAGAGCUCAUUUAACACUCAAAGGACCAGGACGAUGGCAGCCAGUGCUGGAGCUAGCAGCUGGUCGGGUAGCAGCGGGGGCAGCAACUCAUCCCAAGGACGAUCCAUUGCUACUGCUCAACCGCCGCAGGAAGAGCGCCUUGUGGUGGCAGUUCGAGUUCGGCCAAGUAUGGAAGCAGCGGAGCGUUGCAUCGAGGUCGUGUCUGGCGGAUCACUCCUUUACGAUGACGGUGGAAAGAGUCGUCCACGGCAGUAUUCCUAUGAUCAUGUAUUCCGUGAGAACGACAGCCAAGAGCAGGUGUAUAAGACCACCACGGCGCCGUUAGUAAGGGAUGUACUGAACGGCUUGAAUGCGGCCGUUUUCGCCUAUGGAGCUACAGGUUCCGGCAAGACGCACACCAUGUUGGGACCUGUCCCGCGCAAGAAACCGCAGACUGGUGAUCGUGCUCCGCCCACAGCUUCUUGCGAUUCCACGGACGUGAGCAGCCAGGACAUCGGACUAAUGGUGCGGGCUAUAGAGGAUAUUUUUAGUCAUAUCGAGUCAGCGGAACCGGAUUCAUGUCGUGUUUCCAUAUCUUACCUGGAGAUUUAUAACGAGCUGAUUCGAGAUCUUUUGAAUCCGGGAGGGCCUUUGGAAUUGCGAGAGGAUCAUCGUGGUCAGCGUAUCACUGUGGCAGGUCUUUCCGAAAUUACCACUUCCAGCAGAAAGGAGGUUGUGGGUCUUUUGCUCAAGGGAAACAAGGCCAGGACUAUGGAGCCAACAGCUGCCAAUCAGACCUCUUCCCGAAGUCACGCCCUCCUGAGCAUAAUGGUCCAGGCAAGGACACCGCUGGGCACCAAGAAAGGACGACUCUUCCUUACCGAUUUGGCAGGAUCGGAGCGAGCUAAGAAGACCAAAAAUCGGGGUAAACGCUUGCAGGAAGGUGCGCACAUCAACCGCAGUCUUUUAGCUCUGGGUAACGUAAUAAACGGAUUGUCGGGUGGAGCGAGAUAUGUCAAUUACCGGGAUUCGAAGUUAACCAGGUUGCUAAAGGAGGCACUAAGUGGUCGUUGUAAGACCGUAAUGAUUGCCCACGUUGCUCCGGAAAGUAAACAUCGAGAUGAGACCAAGAACACCCUGGUCUACGCGGAUAGAGCCAAUAGCAUCACCACCAAACUGCAGAACUCCGUGUACAUCGACGAGUUCAAGGACUUCCCCACCAAACACUAUCAAAGUCUCGUUUCGGAGCUGCGCGAUGAGGUUUCCCGUCUGCGCACCAAAAUGCUUACCGAAAGGCCGCGAAGUGGAGCAGCUGCAGCAGCAGCAGCGGCAGCAGCCUCAGGAUCGGCAGUUGGUUCUGAAUCAGGAGUCGGGUCAGAGGGUGUCCAGGAACAGGAUGAACAGCGCAAGACGGAACUACGUUACCUACGCGAGCAGAUCGUUCUCACCUUUAAGCAGCAAAUGAAGCUGAGAAGAAAGCUCCUCGAGGCCGAGAGUCAUCUCCUGGGCCUGGAACUCGAUGCCGAGCGGCAACACAUGAUCAUCUCCCACUGGCAAGGACGAAUUGGAAAACUAUAUGAUGCAAUGGGCGAUGACGACAUUGAAUCAGAGGGAUCGGUGGCAUUGAAAAAUGCUUGGGGAGAGCUGGCAGCCAUUGAGAAGGAAACUCGGCGCUAUAAGGAAAUCCGAGAGAGGACCGAGCAGGAGCUUGAGCAGUGCCGCCAGAAGGGAGUCAAACUGGAGGAUGAGCUUCCGGAGCGCAUCAGUAGCGACGAGGAGCGUGAAUUGCUGGCUCUUCUCUGCCGCGUCCACGAGUUAGAGGCAGACAAGGUCUCCCUGCAGGCAGAGAGACUGGCUCGGCAGGCAGAACUGCGAAGGCGUGACCUCCAGCUUCUCCGAGCGGAACGACAGCGGCGUCUCUGCGAAGAUAUCAUCAGUUCUCAGCGCCGACUUAUCGAAGAGGGCAAUGUGGAUUUGCCGGACGAACUGCGUGAGCUAUAUGGGCUUUACCAGCAAGAGAUCCAUGCGGGAGUUGUGACACCCAGUACCAGCAACUACGAGAGGAAACUACCACCCAUUUACACGGCAGGGUCUGACUCACCUGGCUCCAGUUCCAGUUCUGAGUGGUCGCCGGCAUCACCUCUGCCGCAUAUUGAUAACCAGAUGGAUCCCGUCGACCGGGUAAUGGGCCCACCUGUCAAUCCGCGUCUGCCACGACUUUCCACAGCCUCGAAUGCGGCAGUUCCGGCCACAGGGCGGCGACCUUCACUAAGGGUGGCUAGAAACCCUCAUCCGCAUCCGUAAUAUUGACAGCGAGUAAGGGACAAGGAGGUGCUCAGGAAUAGUUGUAACUAAGGGUUAGGAUUAUUAGGAAGGGGAUGCGUUGUCUGCUCAAUUUACUUAUUGUAUUAUAUCUUACCCUCCCAAGCACUUUAAAAUAUUAUGUAUCCUU